AUGCUAAUUUGCGACGUGGGAUCAGCUCUACAGAGGCCUGUUCUCUCCCCUGAUGGACGGCUUCUGGCCGCUAUCUCCACGGAUCAGAAGAUCCAUCUUGUUGAUCUUGCUGCGGCCACAAAUGGUCACAGGUCCAUCACGGUAAUCAAAAUACCGCAGUCGGCACGAUCAUUUCUCAGAGAAUGCGCCAUAAUACGAUGGUCUCCAGAAACGAUGUGGAUGUCGGAGGAGGUAGCAGAUACACUCUCGACCACCACAUCCGAGUGUGAAUUCGGUCGGACGUGGCUCUUGCUCUCAGACGGCGACCGUCUGAUUGCGCUAAGCACAGAGCUGAGGUCGCCGAGAGCCAUGCGUGGCAUCGGAGACGAGACUUUGACAAAAUCAAAUAUACUCUCCGACUACAAGUUCGGAAAGUACUUUGGCAAACUCAGCCUUGCCGAGUUUGUCUUCAACCACCGACACGUACUGGUAUUCUUUGAGCGGGGGACCAACGCUGCCAUUCUAAGCAUGACGAAACCACAGCGAGAAGACAUACCACAUGUCAAAUUCUCGGACAGCCGGAGCCUGGGUAUUGGUCCUGGCGCGCGGUACUUUGCCUUACUUAGGCGAGACCGGGGACAGGACAGAGUUACCGUGUUUGAACUCGGCCAAAGCAACGACAUAACGUACAAAUCAUUCGAUUCGAAUACUGCAGAUGCACAGAGCAUGGCGUGGUGUCCGGCAGGCAGUCCGGUGAUAGCUGUUUGCGACUCGGCGGCACAUGGUGCAAGAAUUUCCUUUUUCACUGCGCAAGGUCAUUAUUUAAAGCAGCUCGACAUCACGCCCACUUCAUUCGGACAAAGUAUCGAGCUCGUGGAUGGCCUCGGGGUGACUCAUUUCCAAUGGAUACGGACACAGGAAAAGGGCGACAGCAAAACAGUCCAGAUAGUAACGACUGCACAGGCACAUAUGGUGAUGCGAUACCACAGCACAAAGAGCAUUCGAGUCAGCACAAUUGCGGCCUUCAAACACACGCACAUCGUCGACGGGGCCCGCACGACUAUCUGGCAGGAAACCCUCCCGGCACAAGGCCCUUCUUUGACGCUUUUCGUGCGACAGACGGGCACAUUCGAUGCAUUGAAAGAGAAGCAGAAUGAGACGAGAAAACCAUCCACGUCCGCUUCCACAUCCACGUCUACCAUAGCAGAUUCGAAUUCGAUCGACAUUACAUCUCUCAACUGCGAUCAGAGCCUCCUAGCCACAAGAAUCCGCGUAUCUCCUCGCACCCUAUUUCUCUGGAAAUCGGAAGAUAUCGCACCUAAUACUGGCGUAGCCGCUCACCCGCAUGUUGUCCUCCUUUUCUCUCACCCCAUCAAGCAAGUCCUCUGGCACCCGCGACGACCAGACAUCCUCCUUGUCCUGACCACGAAUAAGACUCCCAUACUGUACGCCUGGACCGACGACCUUCUUAGUCCACCUACUAGCGGAUUGAUUCCCUUCGAGACUGUCACCACUACGGAUACGAAUAUUCACCUAAACAUGAACAGAAGCACGAACUACUCUGCUUCCUGGCUCGGAGAAUGUAUUAAAAACGAGGAAGGAGGAGAUGGAUGUCGCGUGCCCAUCCUCUUAACGUCCAAGUUCGCCUAUGAGGCAGGCUAUCUCUCCGAACAGGGCGGCGAACUAGUAUUCAAAAGUAUCAUUACCGACCCGCCCCUAGGGCCACUUGAGAUGAGCUCGCUGAGCGUGACGGAGGAGAUUGACACUCCCAGUCGUAGACCAGAGGGCUCGAAGAAGGCGAGGUUCACUGUCGAAGCGAACCCCAAGACGGAUAAGGAUGAUCCUAUCUUUGCGGAGGCCGGGUGGAGGAAGGCGCACUGGUAG